UGAUAUCGUCACGCGUCAUCAUCACGUUCUUUCUGCAAUAAUAGCAUUACUACCGAAUUGAUCGUCCGAUCUUAUCAUCCCAGAAGCUCCGUUUCCUCACAAACUCUCCACCAUCAGCAUGGGAGACGCUCUGGCUGUCGAGGAGCAGCGUUCUGUCCUUAGCUUCAGGUCUUCUGCUCCAGAGCCGGACACGAUAACGAAGCUUGUCAAGCGAUGUCGAGCCAUGAUCGUCAAACUUUUACCUGUGGAAGUUGAGCUUUCCCAGAUUACAGAUGCUACUAGUAGUGUUAUUACGCCCCAGGUCAUUACCUCGUUCGCCAAAUCUGGCGGAGAUUUUGAGGAAGCAGUUCCUUUUGCACUGCUCAGAGCCAAGGCAAUGCUCAUGAAUGAAGCUUAUAAAAAUCCGGCAGAUUACGACGAGAAUUUGUGUAGAGCUACAGCGGCAGAGGUACUAGCGCGUAGGAUUGUUCAUAAUCUACCAAUUGAUAAGUUGGAGAGCGUAAUGAGUACCAGAUACCGAUAUCGCGAGAGCGACGGGGAUGAAUCGGCUCCUAGUAGUGCUCUGGAGACGGCCAUCGAUCAGCAUGGUACAAUUUUCUUGUCUUCAUCUGAGGCUCAACACGUCGUGAACUGCCUAUGGAGAGGUGAUUGGAUCCAACGAAACAAUGAUAACAUGGAUAUCGAUUACGUUCCAUAUCAACUGGCGGAAUCCAGUAGCUUCUGGGCCCAUCUCAAUCCCGACCGCAUGUCAGUCCCAAGAUACCAGUCAACGUUUAAGAUCGUGGUAUGGUCCAUAUUUCUUUUUGUCUAUUCGCAAAGUGUCGAGAGCCCCCUAGAGUCAUUCAACUCGGAGAGAAACUGGGAUGGUUACGAAAUUGUUUUAUAUGUGAUGGCCGUUGCGUUUUUGAUCGAAGAGAUUGUUAAGAUGUCCAAAAUUAUACGAAUUGCACCCAGACCAAUGACCACAGUGGGAUUCUGGACCAUCGUCAACUUGAUUACCGACUGUCUUCUUCUCGCAGCUUUUGGUCUUCGGGUAGCCGGCCUUAGUCUUGAUGCAAGCAAAGAUGACCAGGCUCAGCUAUUGCAUUUCCGGAGCUUCCAAGUUCUCAGUUGCGUGGCGCCCUUCAUCUGGAUGAAACUGUUGACUGUAUUCGAUGGCUUCAAGACAGAAAUGGCCAGGAUGCUUCGAGAGUCAACUAUUUUCUUUAUUCUACUUGCUAUCAUGGGCAUUGGUUUUGUACAGUCGUUAUAUGCCCUGGACGCUGCAGAUGGAGAAUCUGGGGGGCGAGGUAUUGUGAUCAAUAACCUUAUUCAGGCUCUUCUGGGAGCCCCGGACUUUGAUUCGCCCUCGGAACGGUUCGGUUACCCUUUCGGACUUAUCAUUUUCUACGGAUGGAACUUCGUAGCAACCAUCAUCCUCGUCAACGUUUUGAUUGCUCUGUUCGGAUCCGCCUACUCCGACGUGACCGAUAAUGAGACGGACGAAUACCUGGUUUUCUUUGCCCAUAAAACUAUAGACUUGAUCCGUGCUCCAGACUCAUACGUCUACCCUGCACCAUUCAACCUCAUUGAAGCCUUCUUGAUUGCGCCAUUUGAAUGGAUUCUCCCCAGGGAUAUGUACAUAGAGCUUAAUCGCUACACCAUGACUGUUUUGUUCUUUGUCCCGCUAGCGUUUAUUGCGCUCUUCGAGUCUCAAAUAUCUCAUUCAAAGAAUCGUAGCAUCAGUGCGUACUUCAACGAGCCUCCGCCCGAUGAGGAAGGCGAUCCUGUUAUCGAGGAUCCGACUUGCGAGGGUGACGACAACGGAGAGAUAUCGAGAAUUAAAUUUGAAAAUCUAAUCAGCGUUUUUCCAAAUACUGCACUCACUGAGAGCGCUGUUAUUCAUCAGGAGAUGAAAACCAUGAGAAAGCAAUUAGAUAGGCUUGAAAAGCUUCUACUAGAGCCCAGGGCUAAAACUGCCUAGAAAGGCUGUGAACCAGGGUGUGCCGGCUUCUUUUCGAGCAAGCGACAAGGUCUAGUCUGUCAGGGUCAGUAACCAGAGUUUCUCAUGAUAAGAAGCAAAAUGAUAGAGUCAAAUCGACAUCUGGCUCAGAAAACUGUUUCAAGAGCAUUAUGAUGUAAUGAAUCAUCUGCCUUGAUUCGUGGGUGGGACUUUUGUUUCCGAAGAAUAAAUGUCGAAUCGGUAUUACGGACUGUACUAGCAAGUGUGUAUAUGAAUGGUGUGGCC